UGCUGUUAGUGACCCCCGUCUUAGUGUCCCAGAGAGGAGCAGGGUUUGCACAGCCCUUAUCUAGAAGCCAUUCAGCCGACAGGCUCUGCCUCUCAAACAGUCAUGAAGCUUCUCUCUUGGAUGAGCGCCAUAACACUCCUGGUCUCCGUCAGCGGCGUGGAGCUCCACAGACAGGCCAGGCAGGUCUCAGCAGGGACCCAGCCAGGCUUGUGUCGCUACGGGUGGAGAUUGGAUUGCUGCUACGGUUGGAAGAAGAACAGCAAAGGGUUCUGUGAAGCGCAGUGCGAACAUGGAUGCAAGCAUGGAGAGUGUGUGGGCCCCAACAAAUGCAAGUGUUUCCCAGGAUACACCGGGAAGACAUGCAACCAAGAUCUGAACGAGUGUGGCCUGAAGCCACGCCCAUGCGAGCAUCGCUGCAUGAACACCCACGGCAGCUACAUGUGCUACUGCCUGAAUGGAUACAUGCUCAUGGCCGACGGCUCCUGUGCCGACUCCAGAACUUGCUCGCUGGCUCACUGCCAGUACGGCUGCGAGGAGGUCCGAGGACAGACCCGCUGCCUCUGCCCCUCAUUGGGUCUGCAGCUGGCCCCAGACCAGAGAACCUGUGUCGACAUUGAUGAGUGCGUAUCCAUGAAGAAUCCCUGUCCUUACAACAGAAGAUGUGUUAACACCUUCGGCAGCUACUUCUGCAAGUGCCAGCUCGGGUUCGAUCUGAAGUACGUCAACGGCAAAUAUGACUGUGCAGACAUCGACGAAUGUGGCGACGGCAGCCACCGGUGCAGUCUGCAUGCCAGCUGCCUGAACACGCAGGGCUCGUAUAAGUGCAAGUGCAAGACGGGAUUCAGGGGCAACGGCACUAUGUGCACAGCAAAGCCAUUCUUUCAGCAUUCAUGGGAUGGGGACAGGGGCAGUGCAGAUGAGUUCCUCAAUGCUAUUCCGGAGCCGCUGCUAAAAGGACCACACAGCGAGCUUGACAGUGAGCAGAAAAGGAAUCUCAUCCCUGAAUCUGUGGCAACCUCACGCCCAAAGACUCAGCUUCAGCCUUUUGACUAUGAUGGAGACGUGUACAUCGGAAAUCCCGGUGAGACGGAACCAAAUAGCAGACUGCCUGAGAGGGAGGAGCCGGAGGAGGAGCAGGAGGAGGAGCAGGAAGCAGCAGUCAGUCCCCGGGGAGAUGUCUUCUUCGCUGUGUUUGGCCCACAGUCAGAGGUGAAGGACAUUUCCAUGGAUCCUGGAAAGGAAGAAGCCAUUAUGGACUGUGACUUUGAUCAAGGAACAUGUGAAUGGAUACAGGACAAGGAAGAUGACUUUGACUGGAAUGUGGCCUACCAUGAUAAAGGUCCUGGAAACUACAUGGCUGCCAGUGGCCUCCUGGGGAAGAGGAAAGACCUUGCGCGGCUGAAGCUGCGGCUGAAUCACGGUUCACAGAGAGCUGCCUUAUGCCUGGCCUUUAAUUACCGUCUGGUGGGCGAGCAGGUGGGCGCCCUGCGUGUGCUGCUGGAGAACAAUGGCUAUCCUGCGUGGGAGCAGCAAAGCAGCCGCGAGUGGGCCUGGCAAACUGAGCUUCUCACCGUGGCCUGGGAGGACAAGCCCCCCCAGUCGAUCAUCUUCGAGGCAGAGCGUGGUAAAGGUGUCGGCGGCGAGAUUGGACUGGACAACGUGACGCUCACGCCAGGCUCCUGUGAGGAACACGACUCUGUUAUCUUUUAAGCAGCCCAUCCUGUGUCACCUACAGGCACCGCCGAUCAUAGUGCACACACACACACGCACACACACAUGCAAACACAUACACACACAGUCGAAUGGACACAUACAUACACGCACACACAUACUGUACACACAUACAGACACAGUCGCAUUCACACACACACGCAAACACACACACACAGACACAUGCACAGACACACACACCUCUACAAGCAUCACUGAGACUGCUGAGAGAGACAGAGGCCCAGGACAGUGGGCCUUAUCUCAGUGAUUAUGAGUUCUCCACUGAACACAGUACCGAUUCUGAUUCCUCAACAGCUGUUCCAAUUGCUGAUGGCAUGAGUGCAUAAUUAGCUUGAAAAGGGCAUUUUAAUGACCUCAUAGUCCAUUAAGGGGAUAGACAUCUGUAAAGCACACCAACCAAACAGACACUAAACUGUCCAACGAGUAUACGUUUGAUAAUGUUUAAAUGAUGUUAAGUGCAUUAAAGACUCACGAUACGUUAGGACAUUAAAUCGCUUUAACAAAAAUCAUUAUGAAUUGUGAUAAUAAAAUUCUGUUAUGUGGAGAAUAAUGUUCAGCUUGAGUAGAACAGUAAAUGUAAGAACAGGAAAAUUAACACUAGAUUUUUCCUGGCUGCUUUUGAAGGGGUUUUAUGUUCAUUUUGUUUGUUUUAUUGUAUUAAUAUUAUAGCAAUGCAGCAGUUGUAAAGUACGCUUUCAUACUGUAUUACAAUAAAUGUUUUUGUUUUUCUAAA